UGGACAACAGCCGCAAAAGGCUGCCCCCAGCGCAACGAUGGACAGCGACGACGACCUACCGCCGCUGGAGAGCGACGUGGCUAAUGUCCACUACUCCCGCCGCAGCCUGCUGGCGCUGAAUUCCCCAGAGGAGCCGGCCGCAGCCAAGCGGCCCGAGCAGCCGAGCGCGCUCGCCGUCGCGGCCGCCAAGCGGUCCCUCGACGCGCCGAAGAACGGCGCCUCCGGAGGCAGCGAAGCGACGACAGGCGGCGCGUCGCCCAAGAAGGAGGCCGCGCUCUGGCAGGCGGCCGACCUCACGUGCCGAACCACCACAAAGGGCGUGCGCCGGCGCAAGCCGCGGCCGCGGCCGCCCGCCACACUCAUAAAGAAGGAACGCCACGCCUGCGGCUACGCGUCGGCGCCCGACGAGCCGUCGAAUGGCGCCGAACGGCGGCGCCGGUCGCUCGAGUACCAGACGCCUCCCGCGACGCCCAUCCAGUACGACUCCGACGAGGAGUUCUUCUCUCCCAAAAAGUUCCGCGAGCCCGAGGAGUUCCUACAAAGUCCAUUGUCUGACGACGACGGCGACCGACCGCGGCCGCGGAGCUCCUACGUCCGGUCUUCUUCAACCGCUCUAGAGUACGUCCUGGCGCCGAAGCCCGCCCUGAGCGAAGCGACGCAGAAGCAACGCGCCGCCGUGAUGGCCGAGAAACGGCGACAACAUCUAAGUAGGUGGCCGACGCGACGCCAACCUGAGUUAGUAGACACCGUGACUGAACUCCGAGAGCACUUUUCUGGAGCGUCGCGCCUCGACGCGUUGCGCACACGCCUCACGGAGGAGAUGAAACUAAGAAAUAUGGGUAUAGGAGAUAUGUUCGCGCUCGUGGACGACGACAAAUCGCUGUCGUUAGAUGCGAACGAACUCCACGACAUGGCCCGGCGGUUGAACACGAAUUGUAGAUUACAGGACGCCGAGCAGCUGGUUUACGAAAGAGGUGAACGGGGAGAGAUUACGAUCGAAGCCUUCGUCGAGUGGUUCCACGAGGCGGAGGAUCCGCUGGUGAAAGCGCGAAAUGAAAGGAAGCGCCGCUGCAAGACGCCCUCCGCCGACCUUAGUAAAAGAAGAGGCUACGGCGUGUACGGCAUGGGCCGGGCCCAGGCGAAGCACGAAAGGGCCUUUGAUUCGUACGCGUCUCAGAGUAUAAAUGUCGAUUUCAACAGUGCGACGGACGGCCAGCUCUUAGAAGUCGACGCGUGUUUGCUGGAUGUGGACGUGCGACGCAUCGUGGAGCAGUUCUGGCGCCUCGCGGACCAAGACAAGACGGGAACCCUCGAGUACGAGGAGUACAUUGAACUUUCGCUCAAUUUACAGAAGGCCCUAUGCGUGAGGAACGCCGAGGCCGAGGAUCUGCGGGGGACUGUGUGGAAAUCAAAAUUUACGGCGCGUUCGUGCUGAAUCAUCGCGUCGUCCUCCACGCCAUCGACGCGACGCCUGCUCGACGGCGUGGCGGUGUGAAUUCCUCACCGCUCGACCGAGCUAGGACGGCCGCGUCGUCGCCGAGAAACGACUUAGUGAAGAAUUGUCGGGUGCACCCGACGCACUGGUUGAUUUCCACACAGGCGGGGGACCCCCGACGGCUUCGACGAGAAGCAAGCUAGGGAAAUUGCGGAGCGGGACUGGGACCAGGAUCGCAGGGUCGACGAUGCUGCUAGAAAGCACCGCGCGAUGGGCGUCGUUGAUUUGAGGCGCUUCGAGCUCAGUUUAUUGCAACUAGCGGACGCGUGGGCCGACACGCGGACUUCCAUUGAAGUGAAGAAGGCCGCCAGGGACGCGCGGGAGGCGGGGCGGCGCGUCGGGCCCGUUUGUAGAAAUGUUGCCGUCGCGACGACGCUCUGGAACCUGCUGGAGGCCGUGUCCGUGGUCGACGACGAUGAUGUGAGGGUCUGGCGCUGGCGCUUCUAUCGAGAGCCUUUGUUAAAGAAGAAGAAGGCUAAGCCGGUGGCGGCACCACAGAAGAAGAGCGUCGUGCCGGCUCCAGUGAAAAAGAAGACCAUAACGAGGGCGCCGCUCUGGCUCGCCUCGCACAAGAAGAAGAAGAAGGUCGUCGAGUCUCCCAUCAAAAGCCCGCCGCCGCCGCGCGAGUGGUCGCCGAUCGCGGGCUUAUAUACGCCGCCGGAGUCGCCCGCCAAGGUCGUCAAGGAGACCGUGGUUGUCCUCGCGAAACAGCCGCCGCCGCGGCGCCCGAAAACACCACCACCGAAGCAGCCCACGCCGCCGCCGACGCCGCCCGACCCCCACGUGAAGGAGCUGGAGCUCAUGGCUUCGUUGAGGCCAAAAACGUACACGGAGCGCGCCGAGGGAGACCUCUGCGUCUACCGCGAGGCGGCGCAGGCCUCGCCCCUCAAAACUCAACAGCUGCCGCGGCUCCGGCCGAUGCCGACGCCCCAUCAUUCUGAAGGGGAGGUCGGAGCGCAACUCGACCGCAUGUACGACGCCGUAGUGUCGCCAUCCAAGGCGCGGGCCGACCUUGGCGAAGCAAAUAUGCUCGCCGUCGCCGACGCGCAGAAGACAUACGAGGCACCCGCGCCGGCACCAGUCGCCCCAAAGACGCCCGUAGUCGCGGAGGCGCCUGCGCGUCCAAGGGGCCGGGCGUCGAAGGGGAUGGUGUUCCACCGCAACAUUCACGCCAAGGGCCUGACGGUCUCCUACGACGAGGACGCCUCGUUCCUGGCGCUCAUGCGCGGCGCCGCCGCGGCGUCGCCGGCGCCGCGCCGGCGGAAGCCGCCGCGCAAGCGCCGGUCGCGUGACAGAACGCCACUCGUCGACCCGGGCCUCGACGCGAUCUUGCGGGAGACGGCGGCGUCGCCGCAGAAGAAGCCUCCCCGCGGCAGCUUCGACUCCAACGACUCGCUGGCGUCGUUCGUGUCGUCCGCGGCUCCGCGGGCGCGGCGGUCGGCGCGGCUGCGGACUGUUGUGUAA